AUGAGCAACAUAAUCCCUGAUAUCUUUUUUCCCGACGAGAUGCCCUACUGUAUCUGGCAUCCCGACGUGGCGACCGAAGAAACUCACCGCAAGCUUUCAGCCCGGUAUCCAGAACUCCGGUAUCAAGUCGGACGGGCUUGCGCGGUUGCGGGCUAUGUGGAUCUGUACAAAGAGCUUGAUUUGCUCCCUGAUGUGCAUAUUGCUGAGGAGGCUCGCGACAACGGGUGUGCCGAGAUCUACGAUAUUAUCACGAAUCAACCAGACAAGUACGAUGUUAUGAACGACUAUACCCGUACUAUCAACCUGGACAACCCACGAAAGGCUUGUCUGAAUGAGGACACGGCUGUGCGCUCCUCCCUCGAGGUCAAGCAGGAACAUGAUCGCGAUUUCAAGUCUACCCACUACUUUGACAUAACUGAGGACAUGAGAAUCGAUACUCAUACGACGCCUGCCCAAGAGUCCAGCUCGGGAGAUGCCACUCCGCUUCUAUAUUCCCCUUUGCCUGUGGAUCUGCCAACAGUGAACAAAGAUCUACUCAUCUUGAUGGCCGCGUACUAUGGCGACAUCGACCGCUACGUCCGAUUACGACGCCCAAUUAUGAUCAAAACCGAAUAUAUAUUCGUUAUCCGUGGCAUAUUCCACAAUACAAUGUUUGCCAAAUGGUGGUCGUAUCAGGACCUCACAAAGGACGACGGACGGCUCGACGAUAAAAAAUGA